GUGGGGAUUCCUCUGCUCGAUUCCUCUUCUUCUUCCUCUUCUUCUCAGCCGACCACUUCCACACUUCAAACUCUCGGCAACAUCAUCGUUUCCGUCAUCGGAACCGGAAUUUUGGGCUUGCCUUAUGCUUUCAGAAUUGCCGGCUGGGCCGCCGGAUCCUUGGGCGUCAUACUCACUGGCGUCGCCACCUACUACUGCAUGCUCCUUCUGGUGAAUUGUAGGGAGAAAUUGGCAUCGCAAGGAAGAUCCAAGGAAUCAAGAACUUAUGGUGAUUUGGGGUAUAUGUGCAUGGGAAACAAAGGUCGCUACCUUACGGAGUUUCUCAUUUUCUUUGCUCAAUGUGGCGGCUCAGUGGCAUAUCUGGUAUUUAUUGGUCAAAACCUUUCAUCUGUAUUUCAAGGUCAUGGCCUCGCAUUUUCCUCCUACAUAUUUUUGAUAGCAGCAGUUGAAAUUGUGAUGUCAUGGAUUGGAUCUCUGGCUGCUUUAGCACCUUUCAGCAUUUUUGCUGAUAUUUGUAACGCAAUAGCAAUGGGAAUUGUGGUAAAGGAAGAUAUACAAAAGGCAAUAGCAGGUGGAAUUUCGUUUGGGGAAAGAAUGGUGAUUACAUCGAAUUUACGAGGCUUACCAUUUGCAGGAGGGAUGGCGGUGUUCUGUUUUGAAGGAUUUGGCAUGACAUUGGCUUUGGAAUCCUCUAUGAAAUACAAAGCUACAUUCCCCAGGGUUCUUGCUCAGGCUUUUGUAGGGAUAACCAUCAUGUAUGUUUUGUUUGGAUUCUCCGGAUACAUGGCUUAUGGUGAUGAAACCAGAGAUAUUAUCACUCUCAAUCUUCCCAAUACUUGGUCAACAAGAGCAGUUCAGGUUGGAUUGUGCGUGGGGCUAGUUUUCACAUUCCCUAUAAUGUUGCAUCCAAUUAACGAGAUUGUGGAGGGUAAGUUGAAACAGAGCAACUGGCUUCAGAAGGUCCAAGACAGUGAUAACGUGUUCUCACGAAAAGGAGUAACGUUGGUUGCGUACAUCAGUCGGGCGAUCAUCGUGCUCGGAUUGGCUACCUUGGCUUCGUUCAUACCAGGUUUCGGUGUUUUCGCCUCGUUUGUUGGCAGCACGGUAUGUGCAUUAAUCUCAUUUGUUUUGCCAGCAAUCUUUCACCUAUUGUUAAUGGGAUCAUCUCUGAGCUUCGGGCAAAAAGUUUUGGAUUCUUUCAUUUUGAUAUGUGGAUUGUUUUUUGCUGUUUAUGGUACUUAUAAUACUAUAGUUGGUUUCUGAGCCGCUGGUGAUGUGUAACUUAAAUUACAGUUCAUAGUAAAAUGGUUAUUUAUCC